CGGCAUUCCUUUUCUGUAUAAGGAACAAGGCGGCGUCAUGGCGGAGUACGAGGCUGAGAAAGGCUUGCACGCCUUCAGCAAUACCUCUCCGGACCACAGUCUUUCAGGCCAGCAUGAUGAUACGAAAGGACGACAGAGCUCAGUCGUCAAUCAAGAUGUGCUCGCGGGCGAGGUCUACGAUGAGCGCUACGAUUCAACCCACAGAGGUCUGAAGAGCAGACAUGCGCAAAUGAUUGCCCUUGGAGGCACAAUCGGUACCGGUCUGUUUGUCGGCUCAGGCCAGACUCUUGCGCGUGGUGGUCCAGCUUUCAUCCUCCUGGCAUAUUGCCUUAUGUCCUUUCUGGUCUGGUGUAUCGUAUCUGGAGUCGCAGAGGUAGCAGCUUGGUGUCCCACAAAAGGCUGCUCGAUGAACAUGUUCGGAUGGCGAUACGUGAGCCGAAGCUUGGGAUUUGCCAUGGGCUGGCUCUACUUCUAUUCUCUCGGCAUUCUCGUCCCGUACGAGAUCACAGCUGCAGGGCUUGUGAUCGAAUACUGGAACGCGCCCGUGCACAUCGCCGUGUGGAUCAGCAUCAUGAUUGUGGUCAUCGUGGGACUAAAUGCGUUGCCCGUCAAGUUCUAUGGCGAGACUGAGUUUUGGUUCGCGGGAACAAAAGUCAUCAUGAUGAUUGGACUGCUGAUGAUGUCGGUCGUUCUGUUCUUUGGCGGUGGACCCGAUAAAGACAGACUCGGAUUUCGGUAUUGGCAGAAUCCUGGAGCUGUGAACGAGUACCUCGUAGGUGACAGGGACACUGGGCGUUUCCUAGCACUGCUUUCGACUAUUGUACUAUCGGCUUUUCCGUUUGCCUUCGCACCAGAACUUCUCGUAGCCACUGGAGGUGAAAUGGAGAGCCCACGACGAAAUCUUCCCACAGCAGCACGGCGAUAUAUUUGGCGUCUCAUCAUCUUCUACGUUGGAUCUGUGCUGGCUAUUGGCGUCAUCUGUCCGUCCGACGACCCGCGCCUCACAAGCGGAGGAGCCGGAGCUGGAUCCUCCCCAUUCGUGGUCGCCAUCAAGAACGCUGGCAUCCCCGCCCUCGACUCCGUCAUCAACGGUGGUAUCAUUCUCUCGGCAUGGUCCUCAGGAAACUCAUUCAUGUUCCUUUCAAGUCGUUCCCUCUAUGCCCUGGCUUUGAGCGGGAACGCACCUCGGAUCUUCAAGGCUUGCACCAAGAACGGUGUUCCAUACAUGGCCGUCAUCGCAUCCUCACUGUUCUGCGGACUUGCAUAUUUGAACGUUGCAAGUGAUAGUGCUGUGGUGUUCAACUGGUUCGUCAAUUUGACCAAUACUUCGGGCUUCAUCAGCUGGAUUUGCUGCGGUAUCGUCUAUCUGCGAUUCAACAAAGCUUGCAAGGCUCAGGGCAUCACGUAUGCGGAUCUGCCAUACCACUCAUACUUUCAGCCUUGGGGAAGCUAUGUCGCAAUUGUCGCAUUCGUCUUCCUGUGUCUGAUCAACGGAUUCAACGUUUUCUGGCCGGAACUAUGGUCUGUCAGCAGUUUCAUGACUGCCUAUGUUGGUAUUCCGCUCUUCCUUGUCAUCUACUUCGGUCACCGCAUCUACGCUCGCCACGAGCUAUGGGCACAUCCCCCGGAGCAAGUCGACCUUCAAACUGGUCUUGAGGAAAUUAUCGCAGAAGAAACGCCCGGGAAAGAGUUCAAAGGCUGGCAAAAGAUCAGGCACAUCUGGGAAUAA